AAGCUCUAACCGAACUAAGCGAAGGAUUAUUAUAUAGCAUACAGAUAUUUUGCUUGUCGUGACAAUAUGACAAAAUGGGAACUUUAUCUCUCCUCCCUCUCCCCCUCUGCUCUCCACUGCGCCCCCGUCUGGCCUCUUCACAAACCCAUCUCUGCAACCCCGUUUCCUGGCCACUCGUCUCUUUAACUUAUCCGACGCCAAGAAGACUUCGCAGCAAAAAUGUUGUCUUUGGCAGCAAUUCGAUUGACCCAAAAGAGUCCGAGUUCUUGGAUGAAAACGGAGUUGUUGAUGAUAUGGAUGGCUACAUGAACUACCUUUCUCUUGAAUAUGAUUCUGUUUGGGACACAAAGCCAUCCUGGUGUCAGCCAUGGACAAUUACACUGACUGGAGUGCUGGUGAUUGGUGGUAGCUGGCUUAUUCUGAACUCAGUAGUAAUUACAGUCUUGGCAGCCUUACUAAUUAGCACAUGGUGGUUCAUCUUUCUGUAUUCUUACCCAAAGGCAUAUGCAGAUAUGAUCGCUGAGCGGAGGAGCAGGGUGACCAAUGGUGUUGAAGACACCUUUGGUUUAGGGAAGAGCCAGUAAUCCUUGAUUGAACAUCAAAUUAGCAAGUUUGUAAUCUGCCUUAGUUUUACCGGCCAGAAGGUUGUUAAAUCCCAUCAGUGAAGAUCAAUUUAAUGAUUUUGAUUGAAUAUCUGUUGUGCUAAA